AUAAGCUGCCACUAUUUUCUACCUGAUUUCUGUCGAAUAAAAGCAAAGUCGAAUACAGAGAAAAAGAAUUAAAAGAAGAAAAGCAAAGACGAAUGAACAAGUAAGACUGAAGAACAAGAGCCCCAAAUGGUUAAUGUGAUGGAGUCCUAUUUACGACGUCUUUCCUCAACACUUCAUCCUUCUGAAGAAGUAAUAAAGCAUGGAAAAGAGGUAAUGAAUAAAAUGUUCCGAGCUCUGCAAACCUCAAAAAUGUUUAAAAUUGAUCGAUGUGAACUGGUUGGAGGUGCAGAAAAGAAAUCAUCAAUUUAUCUUAAAGUUGAUUUUGAUUGUGUUGUUAUUGUCAACAACAUACGUCCAUCUCAAUUUGAGGAAGUUUUGGAUCAUUUUGAAGAUAUUUUACUUUUUAAGUUCGAUAUUAAAGAAUCUGAAAUUAAAAAAACGCCAAGAAGAAAACCAAAGACGCUUCAAUUUACGUUGGAGGAUGUGGAUUUUGAUGUGGUAUUGGCUAUUGCACCCGGAGAAAGAAAAGAAGGAGAUGCAAAGAUGUUGCUUAAUACAGCAAAACAAACAGAAAGAAAUCAGGAUUUUGAAGCCGCUAAAGAGUUAAUGAAAAUGCAAAAUGGCCUCUCAGAAAUGGCAGUUCAAUUUUUAAAAAAGCAAACCCCUUUUGUUCAUGAAUUCAUUCGAUUAUGCAAGUACUGGAACAACACCUUGUUUUUUGAGUUGGUUUUCAACAACGUAUAUGUCUAUGGUCGUUCGUCAAUCAUUGAAUUAUUGGCAAUUGAUGCUGGUUUGAAACAUCAUGGAAACUUUUCCCUGUCCUUCAAAACGUUUUUAGAAACUGUAAAAGACAUCAAAAAUUGUGAAAUUACUUUUGAAGACACCUAUUACAGAGCUGACCAGAUACCAACGUCGGCCAAAACACGGCCAUAUUUGAUUGAUCCUGCAAAUCCUUAUCACAACUUCCUCGAAGAUGUAAAAGAAAUACAUUUACAAGAAUUUGCACGGUUUGCGUCUGAUACCUUACAACGAUUUUUAAGCAAUGACCUUCCUGGAUUAUUUGAACCACAACCCGAUUGGUUAGGACGGCCGCUUAAGCCAAAAAAAUGGAUAGUGGGUAUAGAGGAUGGAGUUACUAUAAAAACGCCUUCAAUUGACAUUAAAAGUUUACCGUCACAUUUGAAGAACGAAAAAUCAAUCAAAAGCAUGAAGAAUUAUAUGGCUGUUCUCGAGAAAAAUAUGGAAAUGUCAGCAAACUGCAAUCCUGUUGACCCCACCUAUGUGCAGGGGAAAAUGCAAGAUGCUAUUGACAAAUUGUUUUCUGGUGGACAUCAGAAUUGGUCAAGCUCAUCUGAAGCACAUUCAAAUCGUGCAACCACAGUCACUAUACCACUGGUUGAUGGCAGGAAUAAAGCAGUAAGAGUCAGCUGUGACUGGGAAUAAUUGACAUUGUGUUGAUGAUUUCGAUAUGGUGAAUCUUUAAACAUUUUUGUUACAAGGAGUUCACUCUAACAGGAUUUGUAAUUUUUUUGCAUUUUCAGUAUUUGAAAAAUUAGUCAUCAUAUUUGCAGUAUAUCUAAGCAUCUAAGAUUGAAAAUAGAAUAAUGUCCGAAUUGUGCAAAUUCAACCUACCAAUCUGUAAUAUAUCAGUCAAUGCAAAUAUGCCAGUUGAACAUUUGUUAUUUUCAUUAUUAUUUAUGUUGUUAUAAUAGCGGUCUAAAAUAGUCAGUUACUGUGAUCAUUUUUUUCUCAGAGAUAUUUUAUGACUAUUCAUCAGCGCCAGCACGGGGAUGAUUUUCUCAAGCCCUACUAUUAGUUUAAAUUUGCACUUUCUUAUUGUGAAGAUUUAUAUAACUUACUUAUAAAAGGAAUAAAUAACUAAGUAUGUACAUUUUAGUGCCUCCAUAUAAUCCAAUCUAUAUUAUCCAAUCAAAAGAGGCACCUCUGAGUUUGUCAUGUGUUGACGAAAAAAACAUAAAGCAUAAAGGUUGAUAUUUUUACCAUUGCUUACAUCAACCUUUUUUUAAAUCAGUCUGGUAAUGAUAAUUAAUUGGUUUAGUGAAUGUCGCUUUUUUAUGACCAGGUAAAGUUCUGUUUUGGUGUUCCUGUAGAGGGCAUUUUGUAAGAUUCAAUUAUAGCCAGAUGAUUCUGCACAUUUUAAUGAUCGCUGUAAAUAACGUUUAAUCAAUGAGAUUUUUUGUUCACAUAUUCAUGUAUCGAAAACUUUUACUUCAAAGAUAAGAUUUCUGUUCUUUGGAA